UUUGAGUGGCUUUCAAAGUCAACAGACAGUUUAUGGGACAAAUCUGAACAGGAUGAAGAAGUACUUUAAAUUAGUACGUCAUUAAUACGCCAGCAUUAGUUCGUGUUAGAUGUAGAAGAUCUUGAGAUUAUAAUAACAAGACGGUCAAGAUAGCCAUCUCCAGUACAAAAACAACUCAAAAGGCAACUGAACAGGUAAACAGUAUAUAAAUUAAGACGUAAGAAUAUAAUACGUCAGUACGUGCGGUGACUUAAAGAUGAAAAUAUUAUUAUUAGUGGUUCUAUUUUCCUGUUCGACGGCGAUGUGUCGCCGAGUAAACGGAUUUGACGCAGAAUCGGCUAAUUGUACUUCGGAUGAAGAAUUCAAAUAUCUGGAACCAUGUCCGGGAGAGGUUAACUGUGGGAGCCUCAAUGCUGCCGUAGCAUGCCCCGCAGUCGUACAACACGCUGUACCACAAUGUGUUUGCAAGGAAGGCCUCCACAGAGGCUAUGAUAAUCGUUGUUAUACUAAAGAACGAUGUGACGAAUUACUGUGUCCUGGCGGCAAUCAGUUCUUCGAAUGUGGCGACGUAUGUGAUAAUGUCUGCACUAUGUUGGACAAACAGAACAGGACCAACUGUCCGGAGUCAGUGUAUACUUAUCUCUGUCUACCACAAUGUUACUGCAACGAUGGAUACGCGAGAGACUAUAAACAAAAUUGUAUUCCCAUUGAAAACUGUGACUCGCUAGGCGACAGAGUUAUGAGUGAACUACUUGACAAUAUAACUAGAUGAUACAUACAUUGGCAAUAUUUGCUAGCUAUUUUCCCCUCUCGAGUUCCUUGAGAGGGGAAAAUAGAAAUCUAAAUAAAAUGUUUUAUUUAUCA